AUGGCAACGCUGGAUAUCAGGCCGGAUAGCUUCCCAGCUCGGAGCAGAGCUGCCUCUGGGCUGGUCAAUGGUGUUCCUACAGAGGUCUCGCUGUUGGAGUUUUCCGACAAGAUCAUGAUCACGAUAAGCCAAGAGGGCCGACUGGCGCAAUGGAUCCAAGUCCCCAUGAUGGGAACCACAGCAGGCAUCGUCGACAUGGCCCUCCCCAGCACCAACCACGGCCUGCUCCCCUCCACUCACCUCGCCCCCAAGACGCUGCUGGGAGGAGGCGGCGACGAGAGGGAAACGCUCGGACAGCUGUACGCCUCGCAGAUUGCCAGCCACAUCUCGUUGAAAUCUCCCGAGGAGAGGCGGACGCUGGUGUUUGGGUUUGGGCUUGCCAAGGCGGAAAAGGAGCAGGAGGCGUUUUUCGAUCUCUUUGAGCUGGCUCUCAAAGUGCUGUGA